GACUUGCCGGACUGGAUCAAAGUCAAUGAGCGUGCAAGGUGGUGGUCCAACUCGCAGAAGCAGUUCUGCGAUGUCACGAUCACUGUAGUGGACAUGUCGGCCAGGCAAGUCACGGUCACCUUCGUGCAGGAUGCCAGCUGUUGGAAGAUGGUCUCAUUCGAGCAUUUCCUCCAAAAGCAGGAGGACUGGCUGCUCCAGCCCUUCCAGCAGAAGGCAAAGGAGCUGAUUCAGCAACUGCCCGAUUGGGUGAAGCCUGGCAACCAGGGCUACUGGUGGUCGUCAAGCCAACACAGAGUCUUGCCGGUUCAGAUCAAAGACGUCUGCUCCAGAACACGCCAGGUGAAAGUGGUUUUCAAUUGCAACAAAACGGUGAAAAAGCUUGUGCAAUUCCAUGAGCUGAUUGAUUCUCCAAAAGAAUGCCUCCUCCAGAAGGAGAGGGCAGGACAUACCUGGAGGAAGCCCCGACGAAAGUCGAGAGACUCGAAAGGCUCCAAAGAGUCGGCUGAGGCCGGAAGCCAAACUGAAGUUCCUGAAGACCUCAGUGGCACCAAAGGCUUGGGUGACAUCAUGGCGGAGAUGACACAGGACAUCGGGGACAUGAUGGCCGAAGGAGAAGCUGAGGAUGGUGGCCUCCGAAAGGCAUUGACUUUCAUGGGCAGCUCUGAAUUCUUACAGGUUGACAUCAGCUCCAAAGAUGAUUCAGCUGAUCGGGUGCCUGCUUUCGGUUAUGGUGAUGACGAGCUUGCAGCAACAACAGGAUCUACUGAGGAUUCUGGCGCGAAAAGUGAAGCCCACGCAAAGGAAGCGACCGGCGAACUGGCGCAGGCUGGCACCGAAGUCGGCGAUGCCAUUACUCAGGAGGAGACGGAGCAGUCAACGCAGCAGGCAGAGCUUCAGGGGGCGGAGGGAAGCGCCGCCAAAGGCAAGUCUGCAAUGUUGAUGGGGUUCUCCCAAUCGGAAGAAAACAUGAUGGAGAUCCUGGAGGCCACGGUCGAAGAGUCCAAAGGUGUCACCCAGGAACUCCCAGCUCAAGAAGCCGGGGCUUCAGCUCUGUACGACACCCUGGACAAGGAGCUGCUUGCCGAAUUGGCACCACCCUCUUCCGACGAACCUUCUGCAGCAGAAGGUGCUGAUGCAGAGGAUGCCCGCCGAGCGGCUGCUGUCGCUGAAUCUAGCGUUGCUCCUAGAUGUGACCUGGGGAAGCUCGAAGCGGUGUUGUCAAGCAGUGCAGCCAUUGCGAGUCGCAGAUAUGCUGCGGACCUGCAGGCUUGA